UACACAAACUGACAAACUGCAUUUAGUAUUUACCACUGGACAGUGGAGUGUGGACACUGGCCAGUAGCCAAUGGGUGUGAAUAACUGAAUUUUAUAAGCCAUUUUAUUGUUCGUGAAUGAUACAAGUGUUUAUAAUGUAACGUAAAUGAUUUAAAUUUUUAAUUUAGAUAUCGUAAUUAUAUCUCUAAUACUUCUAACUUUUCUAAUUUUUGUUUUAAUUGUUCGUUAAUACUUAACACGAAUAUAGAUAUAGCCAUCGUAGUUACUCCUGUAGUCUCUCUUAAUUAAUACUUUUUAAAUUGAAAUUAUUUUUUACAAUUGUGAUAUGUACUGAUACAUACAUCAAAUAUGUUUGAAUUUAUAAAAAUACCAUUCAAAGAUAGUAAAGUAUCAAUUGCUCGUCCAUUUCUUUGCGAUAGAGUAAAAGAAUUUGGUAUUUGUGAAGGAACAUGUGCAGAGCGUCAUGUUUUAUGCAAAACAAUUGAUAAAAAAUGGCUCAAUAUUCCUAUGAAAUGUUUAAUUAACAUACAGCUGACAACAAUUCUAAGUGCUUCACAUUUUUAUGGCAGAAUUCUUAAAUAUAGUACCAAAAAAAAUCCUUUAAAAGAUGAAGAUUGGAUAAGUAUUGAUGACUCGUUUGAAAGAAUAAAACAUGAAUUAAGAAACAUCUGUUCAACUCAAAAUUCUAUCAUUUUAUGUAAAACAUAUUCUAUUGGUGAAAUGGUUAUGAUACAAACUGAACAAGAAGAAUUUUAUCGAGCAGUUGUUUUGGAUAUAGUACAUGGAUGGCUUAGUGUUACUGUAAAAGUAAUAUUAAUUGACAUAGGACAAACAAAAGAAAUAAGCUCAAAUAAAAUAUUUGUAUUGCCAAACCAUUUAAAAGAAUUUCAGCCUGUAGCUGUUGAAAUCAUCAUAUCUUCAAUGGAACCUGUGGUAGAAGGAGCGUCUGUUUCCAAUUGGCCAGUUGAUACAACAAAACUUGUACGUAGUUUAUUAGAACCCUUUAUUUUGACAAAAUUAGAAUUUAUUUGCAAAGUUGAACUUACAUUAGGAAUAACUUUAUGGGUUGAUUGGAUAUUAGCUAAGAAAUGUAUUAAAUGUUCUCACUUUACGUGUAAACUGUAUAAAAAUUCUUUCAAAUUACCAAAUGAAUUAAUUAAUCGCAAUCUUGCAAAACAAAAUACUUGUUUAAUUGAUAAAUUACUCAACUUAGAUAAAGAUAGCCUUAUAUGGAAGAAACACUUAAAUGAACCAAAACCAUUAAUCAUUAAAAAAUCAAAUAUACCAUUAUUUUCAUGUGAUGAAAAAAGAAAUAAAAUUGACGAACCAAUAAAAGUGCAAUGGGCUCAUUUGUCUGAGGAUAUAAUAUCAAAUGUAAUUGUUCAUUAUAUACAUAGUCCAAAAUGUUUUUUAGUAAGUAAUUUGCAAUAUUCUGAAAGAGUUGUUGCUCUUCAAAGAGACAUUGAUGAUAUUAUUAGUAAUGCAUCUGUUGAAAAAUUAACUUGUGCUACUGUUGGAAGUGUAUGUUUAGCAUUUAUAUCUGAAGAAAAUAAGUAUAAUCGUGGUAUUAUUAAAAAUAUUGACAAUCAAAUAGCUAAUAUUCUGUGUGUAGAUUAUGGUGAAUUUCACAAAGUUGAAAUUCAUAAUUUAUUGAUUAUACCCUCAAAUUUGAUAUCGAAGUUACCAUUUCAAGUAAUUGAAUGUAGUUUAAGUGGUUUUAAUGAUAGUUCAUCAAUAGAUAUGAUAAAUCAGUUUAAUAACCGAUUAUUGGAACUUACAGACACUAAGAUAGUUUUAAAAGUUCUUUCUUCUACUAUGGAUGCAAAGUUGAUUGGAGGAACUCAUUAUGAAGUUGUAUUAUUUAAGAAUGAUAUAAACAUAAAUGUCACAUUGGCUGAUGAAUUUAUUAUGUAUGUUGAUAAUACUCAAAUAAAAAAUAUUACAAGCAUAAAUUAUAAUUACAAGGAAUAUGAUAGUGAGGAUGAUGAUAUAGUUGAUGAAGAAGAAUUAAAAAUUCAGAUGGAUCUAUUAAACAGUCUAUUAAAAAUUCCAAACAAAACAAAUGAAACCCAAAUUGUGCUAAAUUCAACCAAUGAAAAAAAAAAUGAGUCUGCUUCAAAAACAUUAUAUAAAGAUAAUAUAAUAGCAAACAUAAAACAAAAAAAGGACAUACAAAUUGAGAAAAAAUAUUGUCUAGAUUGCAAUAAGACUCCAAUAGUUCCUCAAUGUAUUUGGCAUCAAGAUAACACAUGGAUUUAUCUGAAAUUGAAUAUUUUAUCAGUAAACGAUUAUAAUAUUUCUUAUUCAAUAGAUACCAUAAUAAUAAACGUUGAAACAAAUUCUGCAUCCUAUUCCUUUACAGCAAAUUUGUUUGGAUUUAUAAUAGAUGAACUAUGUACUUGUCAUGUAUGUUUUGAUGGGAUUUUCAUCAAAGCACAAAAACUUUUAAAAGUUAAAUAUCAAUGGCCUAGACUUUUAAAAUGUACAAAAAAACAUAAAUAUAUUAUUUAUGACACAGAAUUCUGCAUUACUGAACAUAGAAACUGGAAUGUGUGGUGUAAAAUAUUCAAUAAUUUAAAAAUAAAAGCUCUUGGUGAGAAGUUAAACGAAGAAAAAUAUCUCGAUUCUGAUUAUGAAGAUAGCGAUUGUACCAAUGAUGGUGAUGAUGCCAUUUUUGAAGACUGAUUAAAAAAAAUUUUCGAUUUUAGUAUUUAAAUAUAAAAAAUCUUAUUGCUUGUAUAUGUAAAAAAUUUAAA